GUCUUUGAAAUCCCCAAAGAUCUCAACGGCAUCACCCUCUCACAGAGCAAGAGAGAGAUGCAGAGACUAUUUUACUGCCACACAGACGAGCGAGAGUUUUUGUAGUAUAUUUUAGUGAAAGAGACUUGCGGAGAUAGAUUAGAGAGUAAGAGAGAGAGAGGGAGUGAGUCCUUGAUUCUCACUCUUUCGCUCUGGCAAUUGAAAUACAAAUGGUGAUUUAAAAGACCGUUCGAUCCACACCCUCAUUCCAUUCUUCUCUCUGUCGUCAUGAAUCAAUCAAGCUUUCUCUUUCUUACCUGAAUUUCUGAUCCAAGUCAUUCACACGGUGUUGAGUUAGUCAAAUCCCAAGAGUUUUACUGGUGAAAAUUGAAGAUGUUGACAUGUAUUGCUUGUUCGAAGCAACUCGGCGGUGGAUCGCUUCAAGAAGACGACGACGACGACACCACCGCUACACCAAGAACAAAGCAAGCCAUCAAAGCUAUUACUUCUCAGAUCAAGGACAUUGCGGUGAAAGCUUCGGGUGCCUAUAAGCACUGCAAACCGUGUUCGGGUUCGUCGAAUCACAACCAGAAAAGGAACUGUGCUGAUUCGGAGGCUGCGUCGGUGUCGGAGAGGAUUCAUUGCUCUUACCGAAGAACUGGGAGCUCUAGCUCGACGCCGAGGCUGUGGGGGAAGGAAAUGGAGACGAGGCUGAAGGGCCUUUCGAGCGGCGAAGCCACGCCGGCUUCUGGUAGUGGCCGAACCGAGUCUGUAGUGUUCAUGGAGGAAGAUGAACCUAAGGAAUGGGUUGCUCAGGUUGAGCCUGGUGUUCUUAUCACUUUUGUUUCUCUGCCUCAGGGUGGGAAUGAUCUGAAGCGGAUUCGAUUCAGUCGUGAGAUGUUCAAUAAAUGGCAAGCUCAAAGAUGGUGGUCUGAGAACUAUGACAAGGUUAUGGAAUUAUACAAUGUUCAGAGGUUUGAUCACCAGGCAGUACCGUUACAAACUCCAUCAAGGUCCGUGGAUGAGAACUUAAAGAUUGAAUCUGCUGAGGACAGCCCUGUGACACCACCACUCAGCAAAGAGCACCUACCCCGCAACUUCCACUGCCCUACUGGGAUGGGCUACUCUUCAUCAGAUUCAUUCGACCACAACCCAAUCCAAUCCCUUCAUUACCAUGAUGCAGGUGGUCUUGCUUCAACCCCAAAACUCUCCAGCAUCAGUGGUGCAAAAACCGAGACAUCAUCAGUUGAUGCUUCUGCAAGGACUAGCUACUCAAGAGAGGCAGAUCACUCAGGGGAGCUGUCCAUGAGCAAUGCCAGUGAUUUGGACACUGAAUGGGUUGAACAGGAUGAGCCAGGAGUCUACAUCACUAUCAGAUCAUUGCCAGGUGGCACUAGGGAGCUUAGACGUGUCCGAUUCAGCCGAGAAAGGUUUGGGGAAAUGCACGCAAGAUUAUGGUGGGCUGAGAACCGAGCCAGGAUACAAGAACAAUACUUGUGAUUUAGACUACUUAUAAGGUGGUGAUCUUCGAGAUUGUGUUUCCUUCUCUAAUUUAGGUGUUUUAUCUUGACACACGGUUUUUCUCCCUCUUUUCUCUUUCCCCACUUUUUUUUUCAUCUUAAUCUCCUUUUUUUUUCAAUUUUUUUUUUUUUUGGAGGAGGAAGAGCUGUUUAGGGGGUUGGAUAAUGUGAAAUUGUUGGGUGCUUUUUAUUGUAGUCAAGAUAAUUCAGAUAUUGCAAUGAUAAAUCCAUUUUCAUAGUAA